GGACUUGAGUUUAAAGGCAGUGUGUGUUUCGAGGUCAGUUUCAUGUGCAGGUCAUGAUGGAUCGAGCAGCUCUCCGGCUGAUUCUCUUGGGCGUUUUUCUCAUCUCAGCCACUUCAGACCCUGUUAAGAAGAAACAAAAUGUGGAUAUAUACAGCUUCUACAUUAACUCCACGGUCACCAGUCGCUACGCCACAACAGUCAUCACAAGCCGUGUUGCGAACACACUGAAUGAAUCUCAAGAGAUCCAGUUUGAGGUCAAGAUUCCCAAGAAUGCCUUCAUCAGCAAAUUCAGAAUGACCAUUGAGGGAAAAACAUAUGAUGGGGUUGUGAAGGAAAAAGAAGCAGCUCAGCAGCAAUACAAUCAAGCGGUAUCUCGAGGACAAAGUGCUGGACUGGUCAAAUCUGUUGGCAGGACUUUAGAGGACUUUAAAACCUCAGUGACGGUGGCUGCUUUCGGCAAGGUGACCUUUGAGUUGACCUACGAGGAACUGCUAAAGCGUCAUCUCGGUAAAUAUGGGCUACUCAUCAAUGCCCAACCAAUGCAGCCGGUGGCUGACUUCAAGAUGGAUGUGCACAUCCAAGAGAAACCAGGAAUUUCCUUCUUGGAGGUGAAAGGAGAUUUGAGCAUCGGUGAUCUGGCCAAUGCCAUCAAAACCACCAGAGCAGACAAAGAUGCAUGGGUGACCUUCUACCCCACACGAGAUCAACAGACCAAGUGUAAAAGCUGUGGAGAAAAUGGGCUGAACGGUGACCUGCUCAUAACAUACGAUGUGGAGAGACAAAAUUCCAAAGGAGAAAUCAUGGUAUCAAAGGGCUAUUUUGUCCACUACUUUGCUCCAUCUGAUGUUCCACGUAUUCCCAAAAAUGUGGUAUUUAUCAUUGACCGGAGUGGUUCUAUGUAUGGCAGAAAAAUAGAUCAGACUCGUUUGGCACUGCUAAAGAUUUUAAGUGAUCUUGAUGAGGAUGACCACUUUGGAUUGAUCACCUUUGACAGUGAAGUUAGCUUAUGGAAGCGUGAGCUCCUCAGAGCUACUGAGGCAAAUCUGGAGAAUGCAAAAUCUUUUGUGAAGGAGAUCAGAGAUAGAGGAGCCACGGACAUAAACGCUGCAGUUCUAGCAGGAGUGGACAUGAUCAAUCGACAUCCACGAGAGGGAACAGCCUCCAUCCUGAUCCUGCUGACUGAUGGAGAUCCCACUACAGGUGAAACCAACAAAGAGAAGAUAAUGUCCAAUGUGAAAGAGGCCAUUGGGACUAAAUUUCCCCUCUAUUGUCUUGGUUUUGGAUAUGAUGUUAACUUUGACUUCCUGACAAAGAUGUCACUGGAAAAUAGUGGAGUUGCUCGCAGGAUUUAUGAAGAUUCAGACGCUGAUCUACAGCUGCAGGGCUUCUAUGAAGAAGUUGCCGUCCCUCUCCUCACUGAUAUUCAACUUAAAUACCCAGGAGGGACAAACCUUACCAAGACCAGCUUUAGUUUGUACUUCAAUGGCUCUGAGAUUGUGGUGUCAGGACAAAUAACAGACAACAGUGUGGAGAGUUUCACCACUGAAGUCAUCGCAGUAUCAAAAGGCAACAAUGUGACAUAUCAGGACACUAUAAUGACAAAAGACCCCAGUGAUGUCCCACCUGAGAAUGAAGAUUUCAUGCAGAGGUUGUGGGCCUACCUUACAGUGAAGCAGCUUCUGGAGAGACAGGUACUUCUUAAAGGACAAGAGAAAGAGGAUGAAAAGAAAGAAGCACUUAAACUCUCCCUGAAAUACCAGUUUGUCACUCCCCUCACCUCAAUGGUCGUUACUAAACCACAAGAAGGUGAAGUGGAAGUUGCUGACAAACCCAAAGAAGGAGAAGCGCCGCCCAGACAUCCAGUAAUAACAUCCCAACAUAGACCUCAGAGUUUCCUAAAAGCUUCAGGAUAUGGUGGUGGUGCUAGUGAUCCUCAUCUGCUUCAUGGUCAAGUGUUCCAUCAUAUGUCUGGUAGACAACACCUUAUUUAUGAUGAUGCUGCUGAUUAUGAUUAUGCUUAUGUUCUAGUCCCAAGCUUUCCGUAUAUAAAAACUGCCGCUAAAAGGGUCUCAGUUCCGAAGAGGGUAACUGUUCUUUCUACACAGUCAGGUACAUUAAAAGCUCCAACAGUUCAUAGCAAUCGUUUCCUGCUGCCUGUUGUUGGUCAGUCUAAGCCACUCUGUUUCGACAUUCCUCUUCCUCACAAACUCAGACUCCUGCAGGAUUCAGCUUCAGAGUUCUCUAUGAAUGGAGAAUCCCUGACUGGACAAAAUGGAUUCAAUCAAAUUGCCUUACAUUACAAAACAAACCAUCAUCUUACUAUAGAAACAACGUCUAUCAGAUACUGCGAUGACCAGAAUCAAGUUUAUUUAUUGUGGGGCCAGGAACUGACUCGAAAAUAUACUGAGGGCGUCUCUCUGAUUCUACGGAGCAAUGAAAUAGACGUCACCAUGGGAAAUAUUCACAUCGUUAUUCUUCUCCAUAAGGAGAAAAGGAACAUGUUUCUGUGGCCUGCUGUACAGCAAGAGUCAAAAGAUUUCAGUUUGACAGGCGUUUUAGGAAAAACUGAUGCUUCAUAUGAAGAGAUUCAAGGAUCACAAACACCAACUUUAAAGAUAAAGGACCAGGAAGUGAGCGCUAGCUGGGUGGACAUCACAGACUACAGACUUUCUUCAAAGCCGGUUAUCAAAUGCUGGCUUGUCUCGUUCUACGCUGUGAUGCAGAGGGACAUUUCUGAUUUCACUGUCACUAAGCUGUAGAGUUCAAAGCUGGCAAAUGAUAAACUGGGACAGAGCAUGCUUCUAUGUAAAACCCUUGCUGAUGUUUUUGUUGAGUGUAUUUUUUCUGUCAUUGACAAACAUGAUAUCUCUGACACACCUCAGCAUUUCAAUAAAUUCAUCAACAUAAAAACAA